GUACAUAUACGUAUUCUUUCUUAUUCUGCCUAUUUCUUUCUUCGCAUAUGCAAAGAACAGUUAAAUAGUCUGCUAUCAAGUCAUCGACAGCAAUGCCGACAUUACGUAUUAUUCGGGUAAUCACUUUUAUAGCUCCACGGUGGGGAUACUCCCACGCAUUAAAUAUGGCGGGUUGUCUGACUCUUAGAUUAUAUGUAAACACGCACGUACUGUCAAAAACAUUCUUCGAUGCAUAAAUCAAUAUAAAUUGUCAAUGAUAUAUAAUAAUGUUAUUAACAUUAAAACCAGAUCAUAAGAAGCACGUGCUGCUUCUCACGGAACACACACCGCAAGUUUUGCAGGACUUUUGCAAAUUGGCUGUAGACUACUUGCAAAAAGGACCAAACAUUAAACUAUAUAAUGCAGCUGCUCAAAAAUUGGAGGUCGACGUAAGCGUAAUUAAGAGUUCAGUGGAAGGACUUGUUAACCUAUUACUAGAAAGUUGCAGAUAUCAGUUGACUACUGAGGACUUCAGGGAUUCUGUGAUAUCUUUAGGCUUUUCGGAACAACAGGAAGUCGUAUUAAGUAAAUUGUAUAAUGCCAAAAAGGAUGAGACGUCGAAUACACUUGCAAACACCGGAUUUAAAUUACCACAGUAUCAUGAUAUGGAAUGGAGAUUUGAAGUCCAGAUUGCGUCAAGGACACUACUGAAACAAGUCGCUCCACUUAUCACUUUCGAUUUGUCUAUAAAGAACUCAGACAAGGACGAGGAUAUUGAACAUGUGUUACUUCAGACAGAUCCUGUUAAUUUGUUGCAUAUAACACAACAAUUAGAAGAAGCUCUUCAAGAAGGUCGUAGUCAACACAUUCGUCGACUUUCAAGAGUAAUAAAAUAAUAUGUAUAAUAUAUAAUACCGUUGCUUAUUUUAUGAAAUAAAUUAAUAAUAAUGUAUAACA